UCCGAGUGUAAAAUGUCGCGCAGUAUCGCGGCAAUGCUGGCGACUUCUAUGGACGAAGAAGUGAUUGAAGAACCAAGUUGUCCGGUGGUUGCUCGUCCACUGGUAUCAACUCUCACACCCGAGCCCAGUGCAAAUGUUGAGCCCACACCGGACACUCGUCGGUAUCCGGUGCGAACCAAAGUGCCGACGAUGCGGUUCACGCCACCACCCCGGGCGACCACCAGACCCGUCCUCACGCGGGAAGAGCGCAUGAUGUGGAUGGUCGCCAUGCACCAGUCCAUCUUGGAGCUACGCGACUGCCAAGCGUCCAGUCUUGACUCCCCCGCUAAUACUUCUACACGCCACCACCACGCCCCUAGUUCGGCUGCAUGA